AUGUUUGUUUUCACCACUUUCUGCAGGGCACCUCCUCAUCAGCAGGAGAACCACCUCCUCAUCAGCAGGAGAACCACCUCCUCAUCACCAGGAGAACCACCUCCUCGUCACCAGGAGAACCACCUCCUCGUCACCAGGAGAACCACCUCCUCGUCACCAGGAGAACCACCUCCUCGUCAGCAGGAGAACCACCUCCUCGUCACCAGGAGAACCACCUCCUCGUCACCAGGAGAACCACCUCCUCGUCACCAGGAGAACCACCUCCUCGUCAGCAGGAGAACCACCUCCUCGUCACCAGGAGAACCACCUCCUCGUCACCAGGAGAACCACCUCCUCGUCAGCAGGAGAACCACCUCCUCAUCAGCAGGAGAACCACCUCCUCGUCACCAGGAGAACCACCUCCUCGUCACCAGGAGAACCACCUCCUCGUCACCAGGAGAACCACCUCCUCGUCAGCAGGAGAACCACCUCCUCGUCACCAGGAGAACCACCUCCUCGUCACCAGGAGAACCACCUCCUCGUCACCAGGAGAACCACCUCCUCAUCAGCAGGAGAACCACCUCCUCGUCAGCAGGAGAACCACCUCCUCAUCACCAGGAGAACCACCUCCUCGUCAGCAGGAGAACCACCUCCUCGUCAGCAGGAGAACCACCUCCUCGUCACCAGGAGAACCACCUCCUCGUCACCAGGAGAACCACCUCCUCGUCACCAGGAGAACCACCUCCUCCUCUGACUACAACAAGCCCAACACACCGAGGAGAGGACCAGAAGCUCCAACAGGAGGUCAAGGAGAAAGAGGAGAACAAGGAGAAAGAGGAGGAGGAGGACCACGAGGAAGAGGAGGACAAAGCAGAAGGUGAGCUGGAAGACGAGGAGAACAGAGACGGAAACGACAAAGAGCCUCCAUGUUUGGAGGCUGGAGAGAUGAGGAAGAGGAGUGUGCCCUUCUUUGCUUGGUCCUUACUGCAGUCGGUCGGUCUGACGGACAUCCAGCUGCAGCCAGAUAUCACAGAGUGUAGCCCCUCCCUCACAGUCUACAGUAAAGAUGGCCGUCCUGUAAAACAUCUGGAGGGGUUGGGACAGAUGUUGCUCUGCGCCAGUGGCCGCUGUCCGCACGAGUACGAGAUGUACGGCUGCUACUGCGGCCAGCAGGGGGCCGGGACCCCCCGGGACCAGCUGGACCGUGAGACCCCAGUGAGUGAGACCCCAGUGAGUGAGACCCCAGUGAGUGAGACCCCGAUGAGUGAGACCCCAGUGAGUGAGACCCCAGUGAGUGAGACCCCGAUGAGUGAGACCCCAGUGAGUGAGACCCCGGUGAGUGAGACCCCAGUGAGUGAGACCCCAGUGAGUGAGACCCCGAUGAGUGAGACCCCAGUGAGUGAGACCCCGGUGAGUGAGACCCCGGUGAGUGAGACCCCAGUGAGUGAGACCCCGGUGAGUGAGACCCCGAUGAGACCCCAUGAGACCCCAGUGAGUGAGACCCCAGUGAGUGAGACCCCAGUGAGUGAGACCCCGAUGAGUGAGACCCCAGUGAGUGAGACCCCGGUGAGUGAGACCCCAGUGAGUGAGACCCCGGUGAGUGAGACCCCAGUGAGUGAGACCCCAGUGAGUGAGACCCCAGUGAGUGAGACCCCAGUGAGUGAGACCCCAGUGAGUGAGACCCCAGUGAGUGAGACCCCAGUGAGUGAGACCCCGGUGAGUGAGACCCCGGUGAGUUAA